AUGAAGGCCUUCCUAGCGGCGGCCAUCUUCAUGGCGGUUGGCUCAACCUGCCUACCAUCCCCAAGUGGAAACGCGACGGAUUGCGAUUCCAACCUCUGUACCUGGUGGCAUGACUCUGGUGAAAUCAACACGAAGACCAGAGUUCAGCCCGGCAAUGUGCGCCAGUCACACCGUUACAAUGUAGAGGUUGGCCUUGCCGGCACCAAUGCCUUCCGUCCCUCCUUCGUCUACGAGUCAAUCCCAAGAAACGGCAACGGGCGCAUUUACUCGCCCUGGGACUACCCCAAUGACGGCACUCUGGGCAAGGACGUGGAUGAUGGGAUCAGCAUUGAACCCGAGGUUGGCAUCACCAUGGCGUGGUCCCAGUUUGAGUAUGCUCAGGAUGUCGAUGUCAAGAUCAACCGCCGCGAUGGCCAGAGCUUGGGAUCGACCGCCAAUGUGAUUAUCCGGCCCAGCUCCACUAGCUAUUCCCUGAGUACCUCGAGUGAUGGGGGAAUCAUCAUCCGUGUGCCCAAGGAUGACCACGGUCGUCGGUUCUCUGUUGAGUUCAACGAUGAUCUAUACACCUACCGCUCCGACGGACAGAACUACGUCCAUUCCGGCGGUGAUGUGGUUUCUGUCGAGCCCAGGAACGGGCUCCUCAUUUUUGCCAGUCCCUUCCUGCCUUCCGAUAAGAUCCCUCAGAUGAACGACGACAACACUAGGACAAUGACUCCCGGACCCAUCAAUGCUGGCGACUGGGGGGACAAGCCAAUCCUUUACUUUCCUCCUGGAGUGUACUGGAUGAACUCGAACCCACAGGGUGAUAAGCCCAAAUAUGGAGAGAACCACCUCAAGCUCCACCCAAACACAUACUGGGUGCAUCUUGCCCCGGGAGCCUAUGUGAAAGGUGCAGUCCAAUACACGACUUCAAACAGUGACUUCUUCGCCACUGGUCAUGGUGUCCUUUCCGGAGAACACUAUGUCUACCAGGCCAAUCCUGCAAGCUACUACCAGGCUGUAAAGAGUGAUCAGACGAGCCUUCGUCUCUGGUACCACGGAAGCGUGCGCAGGCAAACCUGGCACUGCCACGGCCCAACCAUCAACGCCCCGCCUUUCAACACGAUGGAUCUUCACGGAAACAGCAACGACGCCAGUGUCCGCAUCGCUGACUACAAGCAGGUCGGUUCUUUCUUCUUCCAGACUGAUGGACCGCAAAUGUACCCCAACAGCGUCGUCAACGAUGUCUUCUACCAUGCGAAUGAUGAUGGUAUAAAAGCCUAUUACUCCAAUGUUGACGCCAAGCGCCUCACCAUCUGGAAAGCCCACAACGACCCCAUCAUCCAGAUGGGCUGGGAUUCACGCCAGGUUGACGGUGUUGUUAUUGAUGGGCUAGAUAUUAUCCACACCCGCUACCGCCGCUCCGAGACUGUGGUGCCAUCUGCGAUUAUUGGCGCGUCCCCAUUCUAUAUGGACGGCAAGACACCCGACACCAGCAAAUUCAUCAGCCUGUCUAUCUCCAAUGUUGUCUGCGAGGGACCCUGCCCAUCUCUCUUUCGCAUUCAGGCUCUCCAGAACUACCGGAACUUCCAGGUCAAGAACGUCGCUUACCCAGAUGGCUUGAUCACGGGCAGCUUCGGUCUGGGCCAGAGUAUCGUCCCUUAUGUACCUGGAAUGAGAAUGGAGCUGCAUGUGGAGAACUGGACCAUCAGGGGGCAGAAGGUCACCAUGACCAAUUUCCAGUCUGAUCGGCCAGGUCAGCUGAACAUUGCCGGGGAUUACUGGGGUCAGUGGUCUAUAGAGUGA